UUUUUCUCAAACCAGGAGAGGAGUAGACAUUUCGUGUGAAAGAGACGAUGUCAUUCAAACUAUUUUUCUCAAACCACGUUAUUCACACAUUGUUAUAUUUUAACUCAUUAUUCAUGCUCUCUUCCUCUAUAUAAACACACCCAAAUUAGUGGGGAAUACAUUAACACACAUAUUCUACAAUACCAUAUUGAUAAUAAAAAAAAAAAAAGAGAAAGAGAGAUAGAUAAAAUGAUGUCCCCUUACGGUUCUUCUUACGAUGAUAUCCACGCUUUGGCCAAUGAGAUCAAAAGAGAGGUUCGAUUGUCCCACAUUAAUUUUGAUCCUUACUCAUUUGUCUCUCCUUCUGCUUACGACACGGCUUGGUUAGCCAUGAUCGAAGAAGACCACUACGUAGGUGAUGAUGAGCUUAAACCUAUGUUCCAAGAUUGCCUAGAUUGGAUUAUGUGUAAUCAAAAUGCCGGAGAAGGUUUCUGGGGGAACUCCGGCGGUUAUACUCCGGUGGCUGGCGCCGGAGGCGAAGACGAAGAAGACAUGUACGCUCUAACUUCCACUCUAGCUUGCGUUGUUGCACUUCACAAAUGGAACAUUGGGUGUCUUCAUCUCCACAAAGGGAAGAGAUAUAUCGAAAGAAGAACGGAGAUGAUAAUUGGAAACUACGACAACGAAGAGGGGUCCUAUCCUCGUUGGUUUGUUAUCAAAUUCACAGGAAUCCUCGACCUUGCUCAACAACUUGGCUUACACUUUGUCUUCUCUAGUCGCUGUAUUGAAAUGAUCAAGGAGCUAUUUUAUCAACGCCAAGAGAUUCUCAAAAGAGAAAAAUUGGUGGAUGAUUGUAACCAUAAACCUCUACUGGCAUAUCUAGAGGUGCUGCCAUCGACAAUAGUAGUCGAAAAAGAAAUCAUAAUUAAUAGCCUCGAGAACGUCCAUGGCUCUUUAUUUCAGUCGCCUUCGGCAACUGCAUCAGCAUUUAUGCUCACACGCAACACAAAGUGUCUUGCUUAUCUUCAAAAUGUUGUUGAAAGAUGCUCUAACGGAGUGCCACAAAAGUACCCUCUUAAUGAAGAACUUAUAAAACUCUCCAUGGUCAAUGUAAUCGAGAAUAUCGGUUUAGGAGAGUUCUUUGGUAGAGAAAUUGAACAUGUUCUUCAACAUUACAGUUACGAGGAAGAAAAUGUCAACAGAAUGCCAAUCAGUUACCUAGCAGAUCAACUGCACAAAGACUCUCUUGCAUUUCGGAUGUUAAGAAUGCGAGGUCACGCCGUUUCACCGAGAAGCUUUUGCUGGUUCUUGAAUGAUCAAGAAACUCGAAAUCAUUUAGAAAGAAAUAUAGACUCUUUCUUCCUCGUCAUCCUUAGUGUAUACAGAGCCACAGAUCUCAUGUUUCCAGGAGAGCAUGAGCUUGAAGAAGCAAGACUAUAUACUCGUAGUUUACUCGAGCAAAGUCGGUCCAUCGAUGAAAGAAUGAUUAAGCAUGAAUUAAGUACUCCAUGGAUAGCUCGACUCAAACACCUUGAUCAUAGGAUGUGGAUUGAGGACAAGAACUCAAAUUUUCUCUCAAUCGGAAAAGCUUCCUUUCUAAGACUACAUAGUUCAUAUAGCGACAGACUGACUCAUCUUGCUGCAAGAAACUUUGAGUUUCGACAAGCCAUAUAUCGACGCGAGCUGGAGGAAUUGACAACGUGGGUGAAAAAGUUGGGACUUAAUGAUAUUGGUUUUGGUAGAGAGAAGACAACAUAUUGUUACUUUGCAAGUGCGACUUCAUUGCCCUUUGAAUAUGCUUCUAAAUUUGGAAAGCUUACAGCGAAGACUGCCAUCCUCAUCACAGUUGCCGAUGAUUUGUUUGAUGAAGAAGGUUCUCUGGAUGAUUUGAAAGUUCUUACUAGAGCCGUUAUGAGAUUUAUAUUAUAUUAUUCUGUUAAAUCUUGAUUGAGUUAUUGUUUUCAUAUGUAUGAUGAUAGGUGGGAAGGAGAAGAGCUUAAAGGUUACGGCAAUAUCAUCUUUAGAGCACUUGAUGAUAUCGUAAGAGAGACUGCAGAGGCUUGCCGUAAGCAACACGGCACCGACAUAACAGAGCAGCUUCGCAACAUCUGGGGUGAAACUUUUGAGUCAUGGCUACGUGAAGCCGAAUGGAGUAAGAAGGGAAAUAUGCCAUCAAUGGAGGAAUAUCUACGAAAUGGAAUGAUCUCAAUCGCAGCACACACCAUUGCUCUCUCCAUCUCAUGUCUCAUGGAACCUGGUUUUCCCAAUCAUAAACUUAACCGUGAAAAAUAUGAUACGUUAACCACAUUGCUCAUGAUCAUACCUAGACUCUUAAAUGAUCUUCAAAGUUAUCAGAAGGAACAAGAACAAGGGAAGAUCAACUCCGUGCUACUACACAUGAAGAGUAAUUCAGGUCUCCAGAUUGAGGAAUCGAUCGCUCAAAUCGAAAAGAUAAUCGAUUCAAAUAGGAAAGAGUUUCUGGAGCAUGUACUAGUGGAUGGACUAAGUGAUUUACCCAAACCGUGGAAAGAGAUUCACAUGUCAUGUUGCCAGGUCUUCGAGAUGUUUUUCAACAAGAAGAACCGUUUUGAUUCCGACACAGAACUGCUUCAAGACAUUAAGAAGGCUCUCUACGUUCCCGUGAAUGUUUAUAAAAACUCAGAGACAGAGCCUAUGCCACUGAUGGGACGCGGUGAUGAGAUUAUGAUUCUUCCGAUGCUUUUAAACCUUUCACCAAAGAUUCUUGAAUUUAAGGGGAAGGGUGAGUACGGGACAGUGAAAACAUCUAUGUGCUUGAGAAGAAGCUAUCGUACUCAUAGACGCGUUAUUGCCAAAGAGCUUCAUGAUCAACGCAAGCCUCUCAAGAUUGUUGCCUCGCAGAGGAAACCGGUACCUAUGAUACCGACGAUAUUCGCACCGUGCUUCUACUAAUUAAUCUCUUAUCUUUCCAUGUUAUGUAAAGAUUGGUGAAUAAUCUUUUCGUUUAUAACAUGUAAAAUAGUGUUUCUCUUUAUGUGCAAAUUGUUAAGAUAUUAAUGGUUUGUGAGUGUGAAACUUUUAGAAACUAUGUUCUUCUCAAAUCGAUUUUUCCUAG